UCGCUGUUUCUCCGCCCUGCGCAUCCCGCAUCCAGUCGCUGCCAGAGAGGAGCGCAGGGGAGUGCCCUGCACCGCAGACCGCCGACACACAGCCUCCUCCUCCUCCUCCUCCUCCUCCUCUUCCUCUUCCUGCACUGAAGCUGGACUCUGCCGGGUGAAACUCCACCGACUCUCAGCUGUUGUGUUACCGCUGUCACAGCUCCGUCUGCAUCCUCCAUCAGCCCGGCUGCGCGCAAAAUCGACCAGCGGUCCCUCUCCGGUAGGCCUGACGCAGUAGCAUCAUGGAGGAGUUAGACGUCCCACAGAUGAGGAGAGAGGUGGAAAGCCUUCAGUAUCAGCUGGCAAUCAACAGAGAGAAAUCUUCAAUCACCGUUACUGAGCUGGUGAAAUGGAUCGAGGGUUGUGUUUGUGAAGAUCCAUUUCUGAAUCCAGAGCUGAUGAGAGCCAACCCCUGGGUGGAGAAGGGCAAGUGUGUGAUCCUCUAAUGGUCACACACACACAAACACACGCACGCGCAAACACACACAUACAGACACACAAUCACGGAUGCAUAUAAACUAAAGAAUCAUGCACUACCACACACACACACACACACACCCAGACACACACACACACACUGCACUAACUUGCUUAUUUACUCUCUUUUCACGCACACACACACACAUUCACACACAUUAUUGCUACAUUCAUGUUUAUUUAUUGGGGGACUCCUGAAUGCUUUUAAUUUAUUUCAACACUCCUGUGUGUGUGUGAGUGUACAGCACUGAGUAGCUUUCUAGAAGUUUGUUUUUGAUGGACUGCUGAGAAAUGUUCAACAACACGUUUUUAUUGGCUCUUUACACUGUCAAUCAAAAUAAAGACUGUUUUGAAUUU